AUGAGUCACCGGAAUUUGCUUGACGUCCUGGAGAUAUGUGGAGUACCACCGGAAAAGUUCAGAACCAUCGGUUCCAGUAUCGACAAGCAACAUUUGAUCAAGUGGAAGAGAAGGGUUUUUGUUAAGGAAACAGGACAACCUAUUGAACUGUUGUCGAAACUCAGACAAGAAGGGAGCAAGCUUUCUUUGAAGCCGUCUGCAAAAGGAGCUGAGGUUGGAUCUACCGGUGCUGGUAAGAGAUACGAUAAGCUUAUUAGAAAAGAUGAAAGUCAAAUUCUAGCAAGUAAAUUCCUUAAUUCAAUCAAAAGGAACAAAGUGAGGCUAGGUUGCACAUGA